AUGGCGGCGGCACGGGCUGGAGCUUUGGGGGUGCGCGGAAGCGCUGUGACACAGCCUGAACAAUGGGCUGCAGGCGCCGAUGAAGUGCGAGCCCAGAGGGAGGCGGUGGGCGACGCAAAAUGUGUUCGGAGGGCGCCGGGCCGCCCUGUGGUGCCCUUCACUCACAGAGCUCUAGCGGUGUCUGAAUCAAAGAACGAUUUAUCUAAGAAAUGCCCGGAAAUGUUUAUUUGGUAUUACCACAACUUCCUGUACAAUUACACGAGAAAAAACAGACUAAAGGUUAAGGGAAGAACUCUGGGGUUAGUCCUGGGUGCCGUCCUGCGUCGCACCUUGACUGAGGCUGUGGAUGAGGGGCAGGGGCGCCCCGGCGAUGGUGGCACAGCAGCAGCGGGGCCCUCGCCGGUGGCGCCGGGCCGUGAGGGAGCUGCUGCAGCACAGGGGGACCGCGACAGGCUGGAGAAAGGGGCUGACAGGAACCUCAGGCCGUUCAGCGUGGGAAGAACCAAGUCCUGCAGCUGGGAACAGCCCCAGGCACCAGCACGGGCGGGGGAAUGCCCCGCUGGGAAGCGGUUUGUCAGGAAAGGCCCUGGGGCUCCUGCUGGACACCGAUCUGAACAUAAGCCAGCGACGUGUGCCUGUUGACACCGCUGUGACAAGGCCAGUGGUGUCUGUGCUGCACCACAAGAAGUGUUGCCAGCAGGGCAGGGGAGGUGAUCCCGCCCCUUAGUGCAGGGGAGGACACACCAGGAGUGCCAGGCCCAGCCCUGGGCUCCCCAGGACAAGACAGACAUGGACACAAUGGAGACUCCAGAGAAUGGUCACCAAGGCCGUAGAGGGACCGGAGCAGCUCAUCCUGAAGAAGAAAAGUCUCAGGGGAUCACAGCAAUGUACACAAGCUCCUGCAGAGAGGCUGCAAGGAUGAUGGAUCCAGGCUCUUUCCAGAGGAGCCCAGCGACAGCGCCAGAGGUGACAAGCGCACACUGAAACACAGGAGGUUCCCUCUGAACAUCAGGAAACUCCUUCUCCCUGUGCGGGUGACUGAGCACUGGCACAGGCUGCUCCAUCCUUGGAGAUACUGACAAGCUGUGUGGGAGUGAUCCUGGACUGCCAGCUCUUGGAGGCCCUGCUGGACCAGAUGACACCCAGAAGUCCCGCCAGCCUCAACCAUUCAGUCACCCUGUGAAUUUCACAUGUCGUAUUUUGUGCACUCCUCAUACAGCAGCAAUGUACCAGGACAAAGAACUGAAGGUAUCUAUUCAGCAUUUAUCUGUGGCAGUGUCUUUUUUAAUCCAGCUGGCAAAGAAAUAUGGAAGAGGGAAUGCUAAGACCCAAGUGCAACACAGUGGUUUCCCCAAGGGAGAACUGCAAAUACCUUUCAUGAAAACUUGGAAGAGUUAAGAGUUACAGAGAAGCUUCAGAAGGAAUCAGGGUGGAACAGAUUAAAAAGUUUCUGUCUAUUCAGGUUUUUGAAUGAUGAGGAGUUUUGUUGUCUUCGGUCUUUGCUCUCAUUCUGUCUGAAUGAAUACACUGCACAAAGUACUGCAGAAAACACGAACAGCACAACUGUGUCACUUCAGCAGGAGCAAGCAGCUUUUGGAAGUGUGACUGCAGCUCUCUGGGACCAGCUCAGCGACUUGGCAACUCCUCACAAACAUGACUCAACAAGCUCCUCAGCUGAAAAACAAGGUUAUGUAAAUGAGUUGUGCCGGUUAUGAAGGAAGUUUUUUAUGGAAUACUUGUCCAGUGCUAAAGACAGUUUUUUUGAGGGUUAUCUCCAGAUUACCAUCAAACUGACUGAUACAGAGGAAAGUGUAGCUUUCUAGGAGGUGGAAAAAAGAAUUUAAAAUUUGUCAGAAAUGGAGAUUGUGGAAUUACAGACUGGGUCACAUGGCGAACAUAACUGACCACACAGGGGAAGCAUGGGAUUUUUUUCCUGCAGAUCUUCUUAUUACUUACCCAUCUCCUUUACAGGUGCUAGAAUUCACAAUAUCUUGAAAUCAGGAUGCCUGAAAUGAAGCAGGGAGUAGAGACAUGUCAGCUUAAUCCCCAUCAUCACUGUGGAAUGACUUCACUGAGUAUAUGGCAUCCAAUCACUGCAUUUGUUCUACUGCCAUAAGAAAUACAUUUCAAAGUUGAAUUCUGCAUAUUUCCAGCCUGAGGAAUUCAGAGACAGAAGUAGGUCACAAAGCAUUCCAGCUCAGGCACACUGUAGCUGCAUGCAUUUCCCAAGAAUCUGCUGGUCCUGGACUCAGAAAUUGAUGGAGCACUCAACACCUCACAGGUUUUAAGCAAUUUAAAGCAGUAUGAAGAGAAAGUACAAUUACUGGUGAAGAUAGGACUUGUACACAUCUGCAGCAAAACAUCAAGAACGCAGAUAAUGCCUUUGGAGAGCAGUAGCAGGGAUACUGGUCUCAGAAAGCUGUGUAUAACUUGCUGAAGUUAUUCCUGUGUCUGUAGCCACUGCAGUGGAAGGGAAGGGGCAGGGAAUGAAAAUUACCCUAUAAAACCCUAAAGCAGACAAUUCUGUCUCUGUAUACACUGUCACCAGCAAGUCAGGUGUCCUGAGACUCUGGUUUUACUGUUUUACUGUGUUUGGGGAAUGUUAUAGGUAAAAAUUGAUCCAGCCAAUUAAAUAAAAAAUAAAAAUUAAAUUUA